AUGAGUUGCGAUGCGGUGAUCCGGUCGAUGGUGGCUAGAUUGAGUCCAAAACUCCACGAGCAGAUCAAUCAGGGCUUGACCGAUACGUUGGCGGAAUCGAUCCAGACGAAGAUCUGCGAGGUGAUCGAUAUCUAUGUGCGGAAAAUCGAUGCUCGAUUGAAGAGUCUGGCACAGUACUCACCUGUUACCGUUGAGCAGAAGUCUAUCACAAGCCAGUUGAUAUUGGACACGACACUCAGCGACGAGGUGGCGCUCUCGAAUGGUUUCCUUGAUCUGCCGCUAAAGGGGGAUUUCAUUGCGCCGGAUGAUCCGGUGCGUACGCCCUUCUUUCCGUCACCAAUUUCGAAAUCCGAUGCAGAUACCGAUCGGAUGAUCUACGUGUACGUUUCCGAUUAUGUGAUCAAUUCAUUUUUCUAUCAAUUGGAUCGAUUGGGUAACUUUCGGAUCAAUCUGCAUGCGAUACCUGAGGUCAAGCAGAUGCUGAGCUUGAACUGCGAUCAGACCAACGGUGGUGGUGCUGCUGCCGAAGGAGCUCAAGCACGUAGCUGUCUUGGCUCGAUACUCGCUAAUCCUGAGCAAUACACUGACGGAAAAGGACGACUGGAGGCACGUGUAAGGUCACCACCAGUAGUGGUGUUAAAUGAUGUCGGUGCUCACAUAGGCUUGAAUCUCAGCGUGGAUCUAUCCUAUAAGGAGGCAGACGAGGACGAACAAGUCAAAGCCGUCCUAAUGACAGUCAAUGUGAAGCUGCAACUUUAUGCGAAACAUUUAUCCAUACGGAAUGUAUCACCGAAACAUGAGCAUCAGCAGUUGCGUAUCAACACCACAAUCAGCAUCACACAUCUGGAGGUAACCUCGGCGAUGGCCUACGUGGAUUCGAUGAACGAUUUCGCGAUGAAUUUGCCGCAAUUUUUAGAGGAACGGAAAUCGCUGAUUGAGGAGAUUGUCCGAAAAAAUUUGCACGUUGUGAUACCGCUAUCGGUGAACGAUGAGUUGAUCGGGGUGAAUUCAGUUUACGGCGAGUUCAGGUCACGUACUCUGGUGUUGGGCUUCGAUGUGGACUUACAUGAGAAGCUUUUUGAGCAUUUCAGUCUGAUGAACAGCAACACUAGGUGA